UACCUGUUAAACCCGUUCGGCUUAGUAAGUGGGUGAAAGGUCCUGCAAAAAAAAAAAAAGUGACAGCAGUACACCGGGCUACGGAUGAGCAGACUGGAAAAUAAAAAUGUCCAAACAGCCGCAGCCGAUCAGUCCGCUGAAGAAUUUCUUCGCUGGGGGUUUUGGAGGUGUCUGCCUCGUCUUCGCUGGACAUCCACUCGACACCAUUAAAGUGCGUUUACAAACUCAGCCCAAACCAAAACCUGGAGAGAGCCUCUUCUAUGCUGGAACCAUCGAUUGUUUCAAAAAGACCUUAGCCAAAGAGGGUGUGAAAGGGCUCUAUAAAGGCAUGGCAGCCCCGAUCAUUGGAGUCACACCCAUGUUUGCCAUCUGUUUCUUUGGAUUCGGGCUGGGCAAGAAACUGCAACAGAGAACUCCCGAUGAUAUUCUUACGUAUCCACAGCUGUUUGCUGCAGGCAUGCUGUCUGGUGUGUUCACCACGGCCAUCAUGGCUCCUGGAGAGCGAAUCAAAUGUCUCUUACAGAUUCAGGCAACAACCGGGCAGGUGAAAUACGCAGGGCCCAUGGACUGUGUCAAACAGCUGUACAGAGAGUCAGGGAUCAGAGGAGUCUACAAAGGCACUGCUCUGACUCUCAUGAGAGACGUUCCAGCAAGUGGGAUGUAUUUCAUGUCCUACGAGUGGUUGAAGAACCUCCUCACCCCUGCAGGAAGAAGCCAUAAUGAACUCAGUAUACCUAGUGUGCUGUUUGCUGGAGGAAUGGCUGGGAUUUUUAACUGGGCAGUCGCAAUUCCACCCGACGUACUCAAGUCUCGUUUCCAGACAGCCCCUGAAGGAAAAUAUCCCAACGGGUUUCGAGAUGUUCUGCGGGAGCUGAUCAGAGAGGAGGGAGUGGUGUCACUGUAUAAGGGCUUCAACGCUGUCAUGCUAAGAGCUUUCCCUGCAAAUGCAGCUUGUUUCUUAGGAUUCGAGCUGGCGAUGAAGUUCCUGAACUGGCUAGCACCGAAUCUGUGAUGAAGGAUCAAUGUUGCCUCGUAGAUGAAUCCCAGGAACAGACUGUGUAACUAAACAGAGCAGUUGUUAGCAGUAAAUGCAGACACACACACACUGGGUCAGAUUUAUUUGACAUCUUAACAACUAUAUAACAAUGGACUUGAUUCUUUUUGAAACCUUGUGGUACUGCAGUGCACGUGGACCUGCUGAGGUUUCACUGCAGAGACGCUGUAAUGACUUUGUGCCAAUGCCACUGCACACACAGAUGAAUGUUCACCCUCCUUUGUCUUUGUUUUAUUUGUUUAGUUUUAUUGUGUCCCUUCAAAUAUAAGAAAAGGAGUGAACUAAACAUGUCGUGCCUUACCAUGAUCUGCGAGCAGGUGUGCAUAUCAGGAACCAGGUGCAUUUUGUUGCACUGUGUGUGUUCAGCGUCUCAGCAGUACGCACCCUCCAGACUAUCAGCAUCCUGCACAGUCACGCUCCGCUCGCUGAGCACGGGAACUAACUUCACUCUGUGUUACUUUAAUGUCACUGAUGAAAUUAUAUGUAGUCAUAAUGAAGUCGAACAAUAUACAAAUGUCAUCAUGUACAGAAAUAAAAAGCAGAAUCCAUGUUGAGAAGUGAGACUGUCUUGCACC